GACGACGGUGAGGGGCGGCUUCCGGCCGAAGAACGCCUCAAACGGCGACAUCCAGCCCAGGUUGGCCUUCGCCGCGGAGCGGUUGAAGCAGGCGGAUGCCGACAGCGCCGACGCGAGCCACAGGCGAUGUCCGUUGAGGCCGACGUUGGGAUGGAGGAGAGGUCGACGUGGCCCAUGGCGAGGAUGUGGCGGCGUGCGGCGUGGCCCCCCUUCAUGGCGCGUCAUAUGGCGCUUUCGACCACCGCGUUUUGCUUGGGGGUGUCGGGGGCGGUGUACUCGCGCCAAGUGCCAGCAGCGUCGCAGAACGAGGUGAACGCGGAGCCGGUGAAAUCGCCGCCGUUGUCCAUGCGGAAACACCCUGGAGUGCCCAUGCCUUUCAUGUCGGCGAGGAACCGCUGCACGAACUUCAGGAGAACGGGCCCGUGAGGUCGAUGUGGAUUUUGCCGAACGGUACCGCCGCGCGGGUGCCACGCCGCGGCACCGGGGCCCGCCUACCCUUCGCUUCCACGCAGCCCACACACGGCUGCAUCUCCCCCACCAAUCGUACGCCCUGCUGCUUGGCCGUUUCACGCAUCAAGAAUUCGUUGACAUGGCCNGCAUGGAACAAACUAAUGUCAAUGGUCGGAGUGGAUUUUCCAACCG